UUACGGACUUGGAAGACCAUAGCCGGGCGAUGCGCCAUGCGCUCCUAGCAGGCUUGGGAUUGUUCAACUCUGCCCAUGGCGACCCCCUCUGGUGGCGCCUGGCGGUGAACUCUGAGGAAGCGCAGUGGCACAUUUGCAACCUCCGCCUCUACCAGGACCGCGACUGCCUGAGGCCCUUGUCCGGCAGCCUGGUGAAGAGCCGCAGCUCCUCGCCGGCGCUGCGGAGUACCUACAGCCAGGACACUAUCUUUUCGGAAUGGGCUUCCAACUGCGAAGGCAGUUGUGCGCCCAUGGAUGCCUGGGUAGCGGUGGAGCUGUACCAGCCCAUGGUGGUACAGUGCCUGCGCUACGAAGAGUGCCAGACAGCUUUCACCCCCUCGACCACAGCGGCCGCGGCCCCGGGCCCGCCCACGCCUACCACGUCCAAAGCAACGACGUCCACAGGCGUUGCGGGUCCCACCGUUACCAUCACCACCACCAAUCCCUUCCUCAACCUCGGCGGCCUAGGCCUGGGGCUGGCAGCAAGAGAGAUCGUGCUGCACCGGGCCUCCAGCGGCUUCGACUGGAGCCUGGUGGCCUCCUGGACCGGCGCGCAGCCAGGAGCCCAGGUCAGCAUGACCAUGUCGACUUAUUUCCCGCAGACGCAGGGCUACACCGCCACGUGGCAGCCCGCGGCGGACGGCUGCUCGCGCUGCGGGAUGGCGAACACUGGCGUUGCCGCGCGCGAGGUCAUCCAGGCUGUCUUCUCGGACAAGGUGUAUUUCGGGGAGGGGGACAUCGAGAUUUUCCGAGGCUCCUAUUCGACCCUACGGAUGUCGGCGCAAAGCUCGCCGUGGUUUCAG